AGGACCCGGCUGGCGGAGCUGCUCGGUUCCGCCGUCCUCCGCCGGACGCGGGGGUUCCUCGGGGUGAACGGGACUUGGCGGCGCCUCUGGGCCCGGUGGCGGAGGUGGCGAAGCGCACCCGAGGAGCUGCGGACGGGCUGCGGGAUGGGGGACGCCGUGCCCGGCUGCGAUGUGGGAGCUCCCGGCAGCUCCGCAGAGGAGGUGUCCCGGCUGCUGGCCAUGGCCGAGGUGCCCGAGGAGGAGCUGAACCCCUUCCAGGCGCUGGGAGUGGAAAUGACGGCGUCGGAUGCGGAGCUGAGGAAGGCGUAUCGCCGGCUGGCCGUGCUGGUUCAUCCGGAUAAAAGUGAGCACCCGCGAGCUGAGGAGGCCUUCAAGGUGCUGCGAGCGGCGUGGGACAUCGUCAGCAGCCCCGAGAAAAGGAAGGAGUACGAGAUCAAGAGGAUGGCAGAGAGCGAGCUGAGCAGGUCAGUGAGUGAGUUCCUGAGCCGGCUGCAGGAUGACCUGAAGGAGGCCAUGAACACCAUGAUGUGCAGCAAGUGCCAGGGCAAGCACAGGAGGUUUGAGAUGGACCGUGACCCGCUCAGUGCCCGCUAUUGUGCUGAGUGCAGCCAGCUGCACCCCGCCGAGGAGGGCGACCUGUGGGCUGAGUCCAGCCUGCUGGGGCUGAAGAUCACCUACUUUGCCAUGAUGGAUGGCAAGGUCUACGACAUCACAGAGUGGGCUGGCUGUCAGCGUGUGGGGAUCUGCCCCGACACCCACCGUGUCCCCUACCACAUCUCCUUCGGGGUGCGGAGUGCUGGCGCAGGCGGGCGGCAGAGGAGCACUUCCAAGGGCAGCCCCAGCUCUGCCGCCGACCUGCAGGACUUCUUCACUCGCAUGUUCCAAGGGACCUCAGGACAGGUGCCUGGGGGGUUCCCACCUCCCCCU